UGCAAUCUCCCAACAGCUGCAUGUUUUUCCUUUUCCUUCAGCAAAAAAUGGCCCCAUUUACGAUGUUGCCUGGAGCCCCAAUUCUGUCGAGUUCUGUGCUGUGUAUGGUUUCAUGCCUGCCAAAGCCACAGUUUUUAACCUGAAAUGUGACCCUGUGUUUGAUUUUGGCACCGGGCCCCGCAAUGCUGCCUACUAUAGCCCCCACGGACACAUCCUGGUGCUGGCAGGGUUUGGGAACCUCAGGGGACAGAUGGAAGUGUGGGACGUUAAAAACUACAAACUGAUUUCCAAGCCGGUGGCGUCGGAUUCCACGUUCUUCGCUUGGUGUCCCGACGGGGAGCACAUCGUGACCGCCACCUGCGCUCCCCGGCUGCGCGUCAGCAACGGCUACAAGGUCUGGCACUACACGGGCUCGGUGCUGCACUCCCACGAGGUGCCCUCUGACGAGGAGAUGUGGCAGGUGUCCUGGCAGCCCUUCCUGGACGGGGUGUUCCCGGAGAGAGCGGUGAAACACCGGGCGGUUCCCAGCGAGCUGCCCGGCGCUGAGCCGAGGCCCGCGCAGGCAUACAGACCUCCUGCCCUGAGGAACAAACCUGUCACCAGCUCCAAGCUGCAUGAGGAUGAGCCACCCCAGAACAUGAAACCCCAGCAGGGAGGUGGUGAUAAGCCACUAUCUAAAACAGCUCUCAAAAAUCAGAGGAAACAUGAAGCAAAGAAGGCUGCUAAACAGGUACUGCUAAAGUCUUCUUAGGAGGAUAACUU